AUGUUCAGGGGCGGUGCGCUUCGUGUGAAAGCGUUCCGCACGGGCACGUCGACGCGGCUCGACGAGCGCGUCGCGGACAUGUGCGACAUGAAGUGCCUGCCGCUGGGCCAGCUGCUGCGCGCCGUCUACCCGGAGCUGUACGCGGUGCACAACCUGCACGAGCACGCGCCGCGGCCCGAGGACGAGGACGAGGACAGCGACCCCGCCCCGGACCCGCCGCGGCUGCAGCUCUCCGCCGAGAGGAUCAACUCGAACGGCGCCUACCUGCUGGACGACGGCGAGACGAUGAUCGUGUACGUGUGCUGCAACGUGGGCGCGGACUUCCUGCAGGGGGCGCUGGGGGUGGGCGCGUUCUCGCAGCUGCCGGACGAGUCGCGCUCCCUGCCCCGCCUCGAUACCGCAAUUAGCCGGCUGCUGCACGCGUUCAUCGAGCGGCUCAACGACGAGCGGCCGUACGCGGCGAACGUGCUGGUGCUCAGGGAUAACUCGCCGUCGCGGCAGCAAUUCACCGAUCGGCUGGUGGACGACAGGGUCGAGUCGGCGUUCUCCUACUACGAGUUCUUGCAGCACGUGAAGAGCCAAGUGAAA